CGCGGCACCUCCCUGGGGUCUGGCCUCCGCACUGUGGGGCGCUCCUCUGGUAGUGUCUAUGGAGGAGCAGGAGGGGCAGGUGUGCGCGUCUCCAAAUCCAGCUCCGGAGCUCUGGGCGCUGGAUUCGAUCUGAGCGAUGCUGUGGAUGUGACCGUCAACGAGAAGGCCACCAUGCAGAACCUGAACGACCGCCUGGCCACAUACCUCGACAAGGUGCGCAGUCUGGAGAAGGCCAACGCUGAUCUGGAGAUGAAGAUCAGGAAAUACCUUGAGAACAGGACCAGCAUUCACCUCCACGACAGCUCCGCCCACACAGCCACCAUCGUCGGCCUGCAGGACAAGAUUGGUGAUGCUGCUCGUGUGAAUGCUGCUCUGUACUUGGCUGUGGACAACGCCAAACUGGCCGCUGACGACUUCAAAGUCAAGUUUGAGAACGAGUUUGCCAUGCAUCAGUCGGUGGAGGCAGACAUCGCAGGGCUGAAGAAAGUCCUGGAUGGGUUGACUCUGGCUCGCUCGGAUCUGGAGAUGCAGGUGGAGGGUCUGAAGGACGAUCUCAUCUACAUGAAGAGGCAGCAUGAGGAGGACCUGCUGGCUCUGCGUGCUAGCAUGGGAGGAUCAGUGAAUGUGGAGGUGGACGCUGCUCCUCAGCAGGACCUCAGCGUUGUCAUGGCUGGAAUCAGAGAACACUACGAGAGCGUCACCGACAAGAACCGCAGAGACCUGGAGGCCUGGUUCCAGGCCAAGAGCGUUGAGCUGACCAAAGACGUGGCCGUGAGCACAGAGACCCUGAAGACCAGCCGCUCCGAGAUUUCUGAACUGCGCCGCACCCUGAGCACACUGGAGAUCAAACUGCAGGCUCAGCUCAGUAAGAAAGGAGCUCUGGAGGUGAACCUGGCUGAAGUGAACAGCCGCUACGCCAUGAUGCUGGCCAGCUUCCAGCAGCAGGUGACAUCACUGGAGGAGCAACUGAGCGCGCUCAGAGCCGAUCUGGCCAAUCAGACGGAGCAGUACAAAUUGCUGCUGGACAUUAAGACCAGACUGGAGAUGGAGAUCGCAGAGUACCGCCGUCUGCUGGAUGGAGAUAUGGAGAAAUGUAACAACACAAAGGAAAGUCAGCAAUCUCUCACCACCAAAACCACCACCACCACCAAAGUCAUAACCAUUGUCCAGGAAGUGGAUGAACAUGGAAACAUCAUUUCUGCUUAG